AUGGACGGCGACGAGGUUAUUGCCUCGGUCUACCGAAAGAUCGAGCGGGAGAAGGCCCUCAUCGCCGCCGCUAGUAAUAUGCGGCAGUCCACCGACAACCCAUCCGUGCAACAACGUGUCGAUGCCAGCAUCCGCGAUGGCCGCAAAAAUAUCGCUUACCUCGAAGAAAAGAUGCGAGAGCUUCAGGUCCGUUAUACGUCGAAUGAGGGUGGCUCGCCCCAUGGUCAGCGUCACGCGCCCGGCUCUGGUCCUCUUCCCCCGCCUAAGGACGGCAGCGGAUACUUGGGCGAUGGCGAUGGUGAUGCGUACGGAUACACUCAGGGAGGCACCGGCUCGAUGCCUUCCGGUGCCCCAUUCCCUGACCCGCGCCCCUACGCUCCGAUUCCUAAGGCGCGGCCCAACUAUACAAAGCUUGAUCUUAUCAAGUAUGACACUCAGUACCUCGGCCCGAAGAUUCAGCUCAUGCUGUCUCAGCUCGAGUUCAAGCUGAGUGUGGAGAAGCAAUACAAGGCUGGUAUCGAGAAAAUGGUCCGCUUGUACCAGGAUGAGGGCGAUCGGAAGAGUCGCGCCGAUGCGGAGGGUCGUCGCAUUGAGAGUAACCAAAAGAUCCAGCUGCUCAAGCAGGCGCUGAAGCGAUACGAGGAUCUUCACGUUGAUAUUGAAUCUUCCGAUGCUAAUGAUGACGAGAGUCUUAGCAGUCCGAACAUGCGCAAGCCGUUGACCGGUCUUCUUACUAUGCGCAUCCAUGCGGUGAAGGAUGUCGAUCACGCCGCCAGCUCCCGUUUCUCUCGUGGCCCCGAGACAUAUGUCAUUGUCAAGGUGGAAGAUACAAUCAAGGCGAGGACGAAAGCGACUCGGAACGAUAAAUGGCUGGACGAGUCGUUCUCCAUCGACAUUGAUAAGGCGAACGAGAUCGAGCUUACCGUCUACGACAAAUCUGGAGAUCGUCCCACCCCUAUCGGUAUGCUGUGGGUGCGUAUCUCCGAUAUUGCGGAGGAGAUGCGUCGCAAGAAGAUUGAGACGGAGUUGAACGCUUCUGGAUGGGUGUCUGCCGACAAGAUGGAAAACUCCGGUGGCAAUAGAUCCGAUCACCCCGGUGCCCCCCAAGGCUCCUCUCAAGGUGCUAGCUACGGAGGAAUGGGGCCCGCUUCAGGACCUCAGGGAGGAGACAACCCGAAUGCACCCCCGACUGUGAUGAUCGAUUCAUGGUUUGCAUUGGAGCCCUUUGGCCGUAUUAACCUCUCAAUGAGCUUUGCCAAGCAACUCAAGGACCGUCGGCCCUUCGACAUCGGUCUCAAUCGCCAGGGUGCUGUGCGCCAGAAGAAGGAAGAGGUUCACGAGAAGCAGGGUCACAAAUUCGUCACCCAGCAGUUCUACAACAUCAUGCGCUGCGCUCUGUGUGGAGAGUUCCUCAAGUACGCUACGGGCAUGCAAUGUGCGGACUGCAAGUAUACCUGCCAUCGCAAAUGCUAUCCCAAGGUGGUCACCAAAUGUAUCAGCAAAGCCAACUACGAGACCGACCCCGACGAGGAGAAGAUCAACCACCGCAUCCCUCACCGUUUCGAGGGCUUCUCCAAUCUCUCCGCCAACUGGUGCUGCCACUGCGGUUACCUGCUUCCCUUCGGACGCAAGAAUGCAAAGCGAUGCACCGAAUGUGGACUUACUUCUCACGCUCAUUGCACGCACCUCGUGCCCGAUUUCUGUGGCAUGUCGAUGGAAGCGGCGAACCAGAUCCUGGAGACCUUGAUUCGCACGAAGCAUCACAUGAAUUCAACUUCUGUCAGUUCUGGUCUCAGCAACCGUACCCUUCGACCAAGCGGUCCGCCGCAACCCCCGCAAGACAAUGCCGCCCUCUCCUACCCCCAGAAACCUAAAGAAGGUCCCUAUGGGGCACUUCCCAGACAACCCUCCGCAGAAGCGUCACCAACGGCUGCUCAACAGGCUGCCCGCCACCCAUUGCCCCCGAAGUCACCUCCCGGGCCCGCGGCCGCGGCCGCUGCAGCGGCAACUGGCUUGCGUAGCCCUACACAGCAGACACCAACGGAAAUGACUCGUCCUCCGGUGCAGGCUCAACAGCCUCCUUCUUCUCAUGCUCACUAUGACCCAUCUGUCUAUGCUAAUUUCCAGAAACCUCCUCCGCCUCAGGCAAUGCCCCAGCAGCCAGUUGGAUCGCCUGCUCAUUACGGCAUGCCUCCGCCCCAGCAACAGAUGCAGCCCAUGCAACAACAGGUCGCUGUUCCCGUCAAGGAGGAGGCAGUUGCCAAGCCCCAGGCCCGCAUUGGAUUGGAUCACUUCAAUUUCCUUGCUGUGCUCGGUAAGGGUAACUUCGGAAAGGUCAUGCUGGCUGAGACCAAGAGCACUCGCAAGCUGUACGCCAUCAAGGUGCUGAAGAAGGAGUUCAUUAUCGAGAACGAUGAGGUGGAGAGCACCAAGUCCGAGAAGCGUGUCUUCUUGAUUGCCAACAAGGAGCGUCAUCCAUUCCUGCUUACCUUGCACGCCUGUUUCCAGACAGAGACUCGUGUUUACUUCGUCAUGGAAUACAUCAGUGGUGGUGACCUGAUGCUGCAUAUUCAGCGUGGCCAGUUCGGUUUGAAGAGGGCUCAGUUCUAUGCUGCUGAGGUCUGCUUGGCUCUCAAGUAUUUCCACGAGAACGGUGUCAUUUACCGUGAUCUGAAGCUGGACAACAUUCUCUUGACUCUCGACGGUCACAUCAAGAUUGCCGAUUACGGUCUCUGCAAGGAGAACAUGUGGUACGGCUCCACGACUAGCACAUUCUGUGGUACUCCCGAAUUCAUGGCCCCGGAGAUUCUGCUCGAUAAGAAGUAUGGCCGCGCGGUCGAUUGGUGGGCGUUCGGUGUCCUUAUCUACCAGAUGCUUUUGCAGCAGUCUCCCUUCCGUGGUGAGGACGAGGAUGAAAUCUACGAUGCCAUUCUUGCAGAUGAGCCUCUCUACCCUAUCCACAUGCCUCGCGACUCGGUUUCCAUUUUGCAGAAGCUGCUGACCCGGGAGCCCGAACUGCGUCUCGGAUCCGGUCCUACUGAUGCCCAGGAGGUCAUGUCUCACGCCUUCUUCCGCAACAUCAACUGGGAUGACAUAUACCACAAGCGCGUUCCUCCUCCGUUCAUCCCCUCCAUUAGCAGCCCGACGGAUACCAGCAACUUCGACCAGGAGUUCACUAGCGUUACUCCAGUCUUGACUCCCGUUCAGUCCGUGCUAUCACAAGCCAUGCAGGAAGAAUUCCGGGGCUUCUCCUACACUGCCGACUUUGCUUGA